UCUCUCAUUUGUUAACCGUUGGACGUACGACAAAAACCAGUUUUCUGUCACGUUACUCCUUGUUUUGGAGGGAGAGUAUGUGGUUUGAUGAAGUGCGGCCGUGUCAACCCCGCAGUUUGUGUGUAACGUGUCGUCUUUGAAUAAAGUUGGAGUAUUAUGAUGAAUUUUGAGGGGUCAGAAUGCAGGACAGUUUCUUCAUUUGUGCUGACUUCUCGGUGGAAAUUUUUUAAUCGGUAAUGCUUUCCUUCAUUCUACGCUGUUUCACAGGCGAUUUACAACGUGAACAUCACUUCCAUCAUAAAGAAUGCAUCUUUGGAACAAAAACAGUUCUUUAGCAGAGGUAUGAAUUGCCCACGUGGUCUGCAAAUAAAUUCAUUUCCUAUAAAGGGAUAGCCUGGGAAUGAAGCAGUUGCGUCUCAAAUUAAAGUGAUGAUGGGCUUACGGAGUUUGCUGUGCUAUACUGUGUUAUUGCUUUUGCAGAUUGUAUGCGCUCAGGAUGUAGUUCAGGAAACUGAUAAGGAUGUGCGACGACCUAUCUGGAAUGUUGCCCAUAUGGUCAACGCUCUCUAUCAGGCAGAUUAUUAUCUCGACAUGGGAGCCAACAGCUUGGAGUUCGACGUGGCUUUCGACUGGGAAGGCACCGCCAAGUAUACAUUUCAUGGAAUACCUUGUGAUUGCUUCAGAAGCUGCGUUCGAUAUGAAAGAUUUGUCCCUUUCAUUGACUAUAUGCGCCAACUCACUACUCCAGGGCACCCAAAAUUUCGAGAAAACUUAGUGCUGUUAUUUAUGGAUCUUAAAAUUCACGGCUUGACACCUGCAGCUAAAUUACGAGCUGGUGUGGAUGUGGCUACGAAACUACUGAAUUAUUACUGGGAAGGAGGAAUUUCGAAAGCGAGGGCCUAUAUUCUAAUCUCACUUCCUUCAGUGAAUCAUUUAGAAUUCAUCGAAAGUUUCAGAAGAACAUUGUCUGAGUCCAAAAACUUCUCAUAUUACGAUUCCAAAAUAGGAUAUGAUUUUUCUGGAAACGAAGAUUUGGAUGACAUUCGCAAUGCUCUGAAAGCUAUAAAACUUACCGACCACAUAUGGCAAGGAGAUGGUAUCACCAAUUGUCUUCCACGUGGUACAACAAGGCUUAGAGAAGCACUGCGCAGAAGAGAUCAACCUGGUCUUACUUACGUCGACAAAGUAUACUGGUGGACUGUCGAUAAAAUGUCCACAAUGAGAACAACUUUAAGAAUGGGAGUGGAUGCCAUGAUUACAAACUAUCCUGAUCGUUUAGUAAGUGUUCUUGCGGAAGAAGAAUUUUCUGGGAAACUGAAAUUAGCCACUUUCGAAGACAGUCCAUGGCAAAAGCUUCCUAGAAGAACUGAAAACUUUAUUAGUCAGGUACCUCAAGCCCGUGGUGGAAGUAUUUCCAGAGAAGACUAUAUAAAUGAUGAGGAAGACGAAAUCUUGUACAAUUGCUAAAUAUAUGAGAAAUAAAUUUUUGUUCAUAGUGUA